AUGGACCACAGUUACCCUUCUUCCCGUGUUGAUCAAUUCCUAGAGGAAAAGAUCAAGUCCAGGACGAACAGUCUCUUUAAAUCUAGGAACGACGCUGCUCAGCUGGUAGUUUAUCUUUUUUCUUCGUCAAAGGACUCAUGUGGCAGACGGACAUUGCAAACCAAGCAACCCAUCCCGAUUAAUCACAUCUCGGAGCUGAAGAGACUCCAUCAGGAAGAGACCAUUGCUUGUGCACAAGUCUAUACGGUCGCACAGUUGCGAUCGUGGACGACAUUAAACAUAUCGAGCGAACUUUUCCACCGCCUCCUAGAAGAACAAAGCGUCUUCCCAUAUUUCUGGAAGUCAGUCCUCACAUUUGGCAUCAGAGUCGUGGAGAAUGAAUAUGCAUUUCCUUCCUUUCGUGCCAAAAGCUCGCAGAGGGGAGACGGCAAAGUUGAUGAGAUUGCAUAUGUGAUCCGGCGAGUUGAACGUAACCAGCGCCCGACGUCCAAAGGGGAGUGUCCCUGGUCAAUUCGUCAGACGGGGGUUUACCAUAAAUUGACAUACCCGCAUGAUGGAUCAGCAAGCUCGUCGGUGUUCAUUCUGAUUGCGCCCUCCCGUACGACCGAAAAUGAGGUCUCUCAGUGUUUCCCCGGAAGCCCAUUCGAGGGGGAGGUCAUGAAGCCGCACUUCUCUAUUCACGAGAGACUCAUAGCUGAUGGCCUCAGCUGCUGGAUGGAUUACAUGGCUUGGUUAGAGUCGGAAUGCAAGCAAAAGGCUGACCGGCUCAUUGUCUGGGAUGUCGAAGACGGAGAUAAACAUAUGACAUACUUCAAGGUGGACGACAGACAACGCCUUAAACAACUGGGAGAUUACAUAACGGAUUUGAUUGUUGUCCUUCAGACUGCUGUAAACACCAUCGGUCGCAUUGGGAAGAGCUGCCAACGACACUGUCAAAUGAGCUGUGGUGCCAGAAAUGACUGUUCCUGCAGUUCCAUGAUCGAAGAGUUUAGUGAAUAUGAAGCAGAAUCCCGCAUUUACCUGGAACGAGCCAAGGUGUUACAGGAGCGUGUUCAAUCAACAGAGCAACUGUUAACCGACCUGCUAAGCUUUGAGGAGACACGAGCCUUGAAGCAAUUGGCACGAGCAUCACACGUGGAGACAAAAGCUUUGAAAGAACUGGCCCAGACAUCUCAGGAGGAAAGCCACCACCUCGCCGAGCUUGCAAAACGGAGUGCAGAAGACGCAGCGGCUGUGAAAAUGCUGAGUCUUGUUGGCCUGGUUUACCUCCCUACCACCAUUGUAGCGAAUUUCUUUUCCACAGAGUUCGUCAAGGUUAAUGAACAGGGAGAUAUAUACAUAUCACCCUGGGUUUGGAUUUUAGCAGUUAUCUCAGUUCCCUUAACAGUAGCUACGAUCUUUCUGUGGAUACUUUCUGUGCGAUAUAGUGACUCAUCUUGGUUUCUGAAGGUGACUCGGGUUCGUCAUAAACCGGUGUCACCCAGGGAUGGCGAAGACGCAGAUAUGGAACGAGGCAGGUUGCGAGGCCGAGCGGAGACCCAGGGCACGAUGCCCUUAUUCAGCCUGAUGCGCCCGUCCACCUAUGCCACCACCACGACCAAAACCGAUUAA